CAGGCACAAACCGCUUCAGGCAGAGAUCAAUCGAUGGCCGACCGAACCGUUCGUUGCUGCCGUGAUAAUUCAGGAACUAUGAUUAAUACAGUUAAUUUCUGGGGUCGCGGCAACUUCUACUGUCGUGUCCCGAGCGAUGUUACUCCGGCCCUCUGGGAUCAGAAUUGCUGCCGUAAGUGGUACGGAGAUAAUACUUACGGAUAUUGCAAUCAGUCGACGUAA